AUGUGUGACAAGUGGGUAGCAUGGAUGAAAGCUUGUGUGUGUGGUGGUUCUAUGUCUAUUCUUGUUAAUGGGUGCCCGACGGAGGAGAUAAGUAUCCAUCGCGGGCUUAAGCAAGGGGAUCCUCUUGCUCCUUUUUUGUUUCUUUUGGUGGCGGAGGGAUUUGGUGGUAUGAUGCGGAAAGCAACAGAGGAAAAUUUGUUUGAAGGAUUUGGUAUAGGUGACAAUGGUUUGGUGGUUACUCAUUUACAAUAUGCUGAUGAUACGCUAUGUAUAGGAAAAGCAACGGUGGAAAACCUUUGGGCAAUGAAAUCAAUUCUCCGUGGUUUUGAAAUGGUUUCGGGGUUGAAGAUUAAUUUUAUUAAGAGUUCGUUGAUAGGGGUGAAUGUGAGGGAGGACUUUAUGGAGAUGGCAUGUAAUUUUUUGAAUUGUAGUAGGGGUAUGCUUCCGUUUAAGUACUUGGGGGUGCCGGUGGGAGAUAAUGGAAGAAGUUUUUCGACUUGGGAGCCCUUGGUGGAGAUUGUGAAUAGAAGGUUGAAUUUGUGGAGCCAUAAGUAUAUUAGCUUUGGAGGUAGAAUUCUCCUUUUGAAUUCGGUACUCAAUAGGGGUGUUCAUGGUGCAGUUUGGAUCGGUUUUGAGUGGAAAGAUUUGGUGAAGUUAAGUGAUUUUGGUAGGGAAGGUUGGUUUAAUGAGGAGGUGUUGCGUAAAAUUGGGAAUGGCAUGACUACUAGUUUUUGGAAUGAUAAGUGGAAAGGGGAAAGGUGUUUUAGACUCAAAUAUCCAAGACUUUUUAUGAUUUCAAAUCAAAGAGAGGCUAAGGUGGGGGAAGUGGGGGUGAUUACGGAUGCCGGGAGGGAGUGGGUGUUUAGUUGGAGGCGGCGCCCUUUUUUGUGGGAGGAGUUGAUUUUGAGCCUUAGAGAGGACUCGGAAGGUGUGUCGUGGUCCUUGAUGGAAGAUAAGUGGAGGUGGAAGUUAGACGAUUCGGGUGUGUUUCGGUGA